AUCUCCAAAAAAAAGGUUUAUUUCUGACAGAUGGAUUUGUUACAUUCCAUAUUAUAACAAAAACAGGAUCCGUAAUAAUAGCGAGUUACAGAAACUCAAAAGGAAAAUAAUCAUGAAACAGUAUAAGAUUAACGUCGGUGCUCUAAUAGUUGGCUCCAUUUUUAUCACACUUUUUCCAUAUUAUUGGUACCAGUAUUCAUUGGACAAACCUCGCACGCCGAGAGCUAGACUAAAAACUAUCAAUUCAACUCCCGCGCAAUAUACAGUGAACCUACCGAUGCAUCACGUGCCUCUUGAUGAAAUAUAUCAAGACCAAACUGAAAAUUAUUCAUUUGAGUUAGAUAAUAAACGCGCUGAUAUGAUUGAUACACCUGGAUGCCAGAUUCCUGUGUCUAUGAUUAACUAUAAAGAAGAAAACUCUUCAGCGAAGCCUGGAUCUUGUGGGAAACGAGCAGUAUUUUUAAAGAAAAUAGGAACUGACAAAGUUCAUAUUUCAAUAACGGCAAACGUAAUGAAAAAAUAUUUGAGAAAAAAAAAUGGAAAUUUUCAUUGCUGCUACAGAUUUAUAAGUAGGUCAACUCAGCCUGGUCAUGAACAUACAAAUAUUAAAUACACAAAUUGUCAACAGUUCGAAGAUGGUGCCACUGUAUUAUUGGAGACAGACUUCAUAAACAUCAGAUGCUUUGAACAUAACAAACAAAAUACGACACAUGUUAUAUAUAACGAUGUGUAUGGAUUCAUUAAAAAGAUCGACGUUACAAAGCCACCAGAGACUGGUUGCAAUGAAAAAUACAAUGUUUUGAUGAUAGGAAUGGAUUCAAUGUCGUUACCUCAUAUCGUUUUUACAAUGCCACGCACGGUUAAUUUCUUGAAAGAAAAUUACUGGCCGGGUUUCAGAGGUUUUAACAAGGUGGGUGACAACACAUUUCCUAAUUUAAUGGCUGCUUUUACUGGUAAAAACAUAUCAACAAUAUCAACAAUAUGUUCCGGUAAAAUGGAUGAGUGCAACAAUCUCCUAAUUUGGAGCACGUUCAAGGAAGCUGGCUAUGUGACUGCGUAUGGAGAAGAUUUCAUAAAAUUACCGGACACGUUUAGUAAAGACUACGUAUUUAAGAAGCAACCUACUAAUCAUUAUAUGAGACCUUUAUUUCUGAGUGGAGAAACUGAACCAGGUGGCCAAACAGUAUGUGCAGGAAAGGAAUCCUCCGGCCAGCAAAUAUUAAAUUAUGCUCUCGAUUUUACUACCACAUAUAAAAAUGAUUCAUUUUUUGGUAUGUUCUGGAUAAAUUCCUAUAGUCAUAAUCCAAACAGCCGUUCCAAAAAUGCCGAUAAAAUGUUUGAGAAUUUCUUGAAUCAGUUAACCUACACGGGAGUUCUGAUGAAUACUUUUAUCAUAUUCUUUAGUGAUCAUGGCAUUCGUUUCGGCAAUCACCGUUUAAAAGUAGAAUCACAUUACGAUGAACGACUGCCAUUUUUGUUUAUAUGGACCCCUACUAAAUUUAGAGGCAAACAUCCCGAAUUACAUAAGGCGAUAGCAAUCAAUCAAUUUAGGUUAGUUACUCCCUACGACUUGUACAAUAGUCUCAUAGACAUCAAUAGAAUGUCCACUUGCAAUAAUACUAACAAAGAUAUUUCAGAAGGAUGUCCUAACUGCCAAAGUUUAUUUAACGUUGUUAGCGCCAAUCGCACUUGUCAAGACGCUGCUAUACACGCUAAGUGGUGUAGUUGCCACAAAUUAUAUCCUCUCGACAUUCAAGAUAGUGCGGGAGUGAAAAGUGUACUGCACGUAGUCUCACAUAUACAAUCAGUAAUAAAAACUAUAGAGCCAAAGCGAUGUUGGGGUUGUAAGUCUCUGUCACUACAGAAGAUACAUAGGAUACAUUUUUAUUAUGAUAACAAUAAAGUUAAUUUAUAUUUUGUGGUUGCAUUCCUUAUGUCUCCUGGUAGUUCAUCUUACGAAGCGACAGUAAUGGCAAAAGGGAAUGAGUUUGAAAUAAUAGGACCUAUAAGUUUUAUUUCAACAUACAACGGGCUCGGAAAAUGUGCUCUUAAGGCAAGGGAUCGAUUGUUUUGUGUGUGUAAUAAAAUAUGCUAAUUUAAUUCUAUCACUUACUGUACGAUCAUUCUUUCUGAUCUGUGAUAUUAUGUAAUAUUUACAUUCAAUCUAUAUAAAUAGUCAUAUUUUUUACAUUAUAUAAUUACGAUUUUCUAAUCUUUGUGUUUU